AUGAAGUUCCUACCUCUACCCGAAUUCGAGGACGUGACUAGCUCGCUGAAUUUCGAUACCGCCGAUUGUCACAUCGUUGGGGGCUGCGAUCUGUACACGACAAAGGCCGCUCGAUCUGAUCGCAAACUGUAUAAGAACAUCGAACAAUCGCUCGAGCAGCAGUAUGAAUCUGUCCUCCGCUUAUCGGCGUCAUUAUCGCCUCCCACUGCGUCAGAUGCGGCCGCUUCGCUCAACCUUUCCCGAUCGAGCCCUUUUGGACCCCUGAGUGAUCACUCGAGUCGCCGAACGUUUGCGUAUUUGAUUGCGACUCUCAACGCGAGUCAUCCAGACUACGAUUUCUCCCAUGUCCUACGUCCUUCAGACUUUCAUCGCGAGCGGAAUUUAAAGAGAGUGAUGAACACGAUUGACUCGACGCUCUUUAAUCUUCGACCGCGCGAAACACUCGACCUUACGCCACCAUCGCCGUCUACAGUCUCUGGAUCAUACAAUGCGGAGGCUUCGCCUACAUGGGGUCGCAGGAUGUGGAAGAUCCUUGAUGAGCAAUUGUCUCUGAAGGAUUGUGGUAUCUAUUCGUACUCACCAGACGAGGAUCCCUCUGAUGCGGAUGAUGGAGCGAUUUGGAGUCUCCAUUACUUCUUUUUCAAUCGCCUUCGGAAACGCGUGUGCUACAUCUAUGUCAAGGCGAUACCGAUUUUAAGUCACACACCUAGUGAAGGCCUCGCGACGCCGACGACAAAGAGAACAUUUGAUGACGGCCUUCUCACGCCCAACCUGGGCACGAGCAAGCGUGCUCGCUAUUGGUUCGGCGAGGAUGCAGAACUCGAAAGCGACAGUGACGUUGAGCCAAAUUCCCCUCCUCCGAUACGCACUGGCGGUGAAGAGUUCGACAAUUAUCUCAUGAGUGACGAAGACUUCCGGUCCCGAUCCGGUAGCAAAGGCACCGUCCGCGCUAUGAGUGAGGAAAUCGCCGAUUCCAUGGAAGUUUGA